CUACUACUAUUUGCAGACCACACACCACAAAAACAAACCAAACCGGUUGCUGUCCUGGUGACUCCCGACUCCUGCAGACCACACACAACGGAACAAUUUAGGACAUCUGUUGAAACUCUUGCUGCAAAACGCUCCAGCAAAACUGCUUCCACGUAUAAGGUACCUUCCGGAAAUUUCGCUGGACGCCGCUGACGCUGACAAACCCAAUAUCCCUGGGAGUUUCCCAGGCUUCCGGGAAGGUUGAUUCGAGGCAGCAUGUCUGCUUCAGUGAAAGAAUGCCUUCAGCUUCAGCUGCUAGAGAUGGAAAUGCUGUUUUCUAUGUUUCCUAACCAAGGAGAAAUAAAGCUCGAAGAUGUAAAUGCCCUGACGCAUAUAAAGAGAUACUUGGAAGGCAAAAGAGAGGCUUUGCCACCAAAAAUCGAAUUUGUGAUUGCACUCCAGAUUGAGGAGCCCAAGGUGAAAAUUGAUUUACAAGUAAUCAUGCCUCACAGCUACCCCUAUGCAGCAUUGCAGCUGUUUGGACGGUCAUCUGAGCUUGACAGGCAGCAGCAGCUACUUCUCAACAAAAGUCUCACUUCUUAUAUAAAGACCUUUGAUGCAGGUGAGCUUUGUGUGUGUGCAGCAAUCCAGUGGAUACAGGACAAUAGCGCAUCCUAUGUCUUGAACAAAAAGCAUGUUUAUGAACCAUCUGCCCAAGAAAAGCAAGUCAAGAACACGUUCCGCCGAAUGUGGAUCUACAGCCACCAUAUAUAUCAGCAGGACCUAAGGAAGAAGAUUUUGGAUGUUGGGAGAAAGUUAGGUGUGACUGGGUUUUGCAUGACAGGAAAGCCUGGUAUAAUCUGUGUAGAGGGCUUCAAAGAGCACUGUGAGGAAUUCUGGCACACAAUUAGGUAUCCCAAUUGGAAACACAUUUCGUGUAAGCAUGCUGAAAGUAUCGAAACUGAAGGAAAUGGGGAAGAUCUACGUCUUUUCCAUUCUUUUGAAGAAUUACUCCUUGAAGCCCACGGUGACUACGGAUUAAGGAAUGACUAUCACAUGAAUCUGGGCCAGUUCUUAGAAUUUCUCAAAAAGCAUAAAAGCGAGCAUGUUUUUCAGAUAUUAUUUGGUAUUGAAAGCAAAAAUUUGGAAUCCUAGGAGGCUACUUAGAAGCCCGUGCUUGUUAUUUCACUAAGUAUUUCUGUUAAUAAGACCAAAAUAAAAGGGCAGGUGGCAGUUUAGCAUCCUCUAUGAGAAACCAGCUCCAGAAUUUUCAUCUAAUAGUGAAACAAGCCUUUUAACUUUCCAACAGUGCAAUUGUAAUGUUACCUCCAUGUUCUUGUGUUAUAUUAUUUGAAAACUACUUACUGUAAGUUAAUAAAAAGUAUCAAUUUAACCAGUGAAGCUGAUUGAUUAAAGAGAAGUCCAAAGCCCACAGUUAAUGUCAAAAAUCAAAUUGCAGUUACGAAUUCACAAUAUGAAUAACGUUGCUUCCUUUCAUGAUGCCAGCACGCAGGUGACAGACCAAGUAUUCAUUCAUUAUUGACGAUGAAUUCUAAAUCUAGUUUAAAAUAAGAACACAGAACUUCUUGCUCAAAAUUUUAAACCCCUAUUUUGAGUUUUUUAGCAAAACUUGACCCUGCCUGUAAUGGCAGAGGGAUCAUAGUGAUUCAUAAUGAUGAAGUCACAGGAGUAAUUAAUGUACACAUAAUGCUGUGUCUGGGCUAGUUAUGUCACUUAGUUAAUGAUAGUAAGGAUAAUAAUACCAGUAUUCUUAGUUGGAUCCUUAUCCACAAAAAUAUAAAUGGCUUAUUAUCUACAAAGUGUUCGCGUAAUUUCAUCCCACUUUGGCUUGUGUGCCAGUGUACAUUACUGCCUAAGGCAAGAAGUGUUGAAUGGGGACCAGCUGGGAUGGCUCUGCACCAUCACCUUAUUGGGAAAAAUAAUCACACUUUACAUUUUGGUGAUAAGCCACUGCCAACUCUUCUGAAAAUUCCAAGCUCCACAGGUUUUUAUACCUUUUUCCAAAUGAGAGAACUCAAAUAGGAGAUUAUUUAAUGAUAAAACCCCCUGGUUAAGUAGCUCUUCUAUAGCUUUUCAUUACAAAGAAUCCAUCCUUCCCUGAGAAUUCCUGGCAGCAUCUCCACAACUUUCUCUGGUUUCCACGGUCUCUCCUUAGCUACUGCUGCCUUUCCCCAGGGAGCAUUUCAUUCUCUUGCUGGGUCCCCUACCACUUCAGUCAGGCACUGCAUUGAUAUCCUGGACCUUCAGAAUGCCAAAGCUGAGUGCUGGGAUUUAGUAACGUAGAGGGGAAUGCCUAGCUCCUUAUUUUAUACUAUAGUUUCUUAGAAGGAUGCCCGAACAGCUAUGUGUACACCGGGAGUUUACAGAAUUGAUAAAACAGUACAUUCUGUGUCUAGGAUACAGAUGUGUACCAUUUGAUGAGGUAGAGUAUAUAACUGCUCCUGUAAAGAUGUGCAGCCUUGGAAACUGUAUGGAGCAGUUUUGCUCUCUCCUAUAGGGUCACUAGGAAACCCUGGUGGCGUAGUGGUUAAAUGCUACAACUGCUAACCAGAGGGUCAGCAGUUCAAAUCCACCAGGUGCUCCUUGGAAACUCUGGUGCAAUUCUCCCCUGUCCUGUGGGGUCACUGAGUUGGAAUUGACUAUGGCAAUGGGUUUGGUUUUUGGUAUAGGGUCACUACGAGUUGGAAUCGACUCGACAGCAAUGGUUUUUUGUUUGUUUAACCACCGAGUCAAAAUAUAGAACAUACGUGUUACCCAAACGGUAUUCUGGAGCAAUUUUCGAUAAUUUUUCUGAAUCUACUUUUUACGUUCCCAAUAUAAGCAUGUGGUGAUACUUUUUUUUCCUUCUCAGAAGUGUUAAUAGACAUUAAUUAUGAGAGAAGUAUAGAUUUUGUAGAAAAAAUAUAUACAUAUAUAAUUCAAACCUCAGCCUUGACUGCUAGUUCUGUUUGCCCACCUGACAGGAGACCAUAUAGCCUCUUCCCCAUGCACGCGUGUGCACACAAACACACACACGCAUGAGUGUAUACAUACACUUGAUAAGCCAACAGACCAUAGCACAGGGACUACUAAGCAUUCUUGUAUUAAAUCAGAAAUAAUGUCUGUGAACUGGAGUCUCCGUACAUGACUGCUUACAUGCCACCCCAACUCAGAAAUUGAGAAGGCUUAGAGGUUGCCUAUCUGAGGUCUUCACAGAAGUGUCUUGAACAGCCCAAUUCUCUCAUUUUCUUGUAUCUCAAGUAGCCCAGUAGUAAGCAAAAAGAAUAGUUAUUUUCUGAGGAGGUCAUGAUUUUGCUAAAAAAUCAUGGUUCCAUACCUGAUUUACCACGGAAACUCUGAGCCCAUUGGACCUCCCUUAUAAGGUCCACAUGGUGGAACUACUUUUACUACAGCCUGAACCAGCUGGAGAGAACUCUCUUUCUGAGCCCAGUCAAAGCAUUUGGAUUAACCUAUAAAUGGGGUGGAGCAGCAAGCCCAGUAUUCAAAGAAGAUCACCACAUACUGAAGUUCUCCUUAGUGAUAGGACAAACAAAGCACACAGUUUGUUCCUCACUUUGAGGAAACAUCUCAACAUGCACCAGAAAAAAGGUGACUUGAGUUGGCAGGAUCUUGUGCUUUCAUGGGGUUUUUCUUCUGCUCUGUGGCAUAAGUGUGCCUUAUCAGACAUAUCAUCAGUGUGUUGGCCAGCAUGAUGGUAAGAUGAUCAAGGUCUUUUAUUAAGGAUUAUAUUCAGGCACAAAGAGGGUUAAUGUAACACUGAAAAAUGGCAAUCAGUGUAUUGCUGCUUAUUGACAGAGUGAGCAAACUGCUUCAGAUGCUAUUACUAGAAUAAAAAGCAGGGGGGAUGGGGAAGCAUUGAUGAAAUCAAUACCUACUUACUGAUUUGCCCCAGGAAAGAGAAUUUGUCUGACAGCAGCUACAGUUGGAAUCAUCAUCUGAUUAAGUUUAUGAAUAUGUGCUAUCACAUAAACAAAACCAACCAAACUAAACCCAUUGCUGUUUAGUUGAUUCCAACUCAUAGCCACCCUAUAGGACAGAGUAGAACUGCCCCAUAGAGUUUCUAAGAAGCAGCUGG